AUGAGUCUGCUCCAUGUAUUUGGUUUUGGUUUAAAGUUGGGGCAUCUGCUUUGGUUGUUAUGUUGCUGGGUAGCAGCUAUGAUUUCCAAGAAUUGUUUCAAUAAUGGUGAAUUUAAGAACACCAAGGCUGGUCUCCUCGGUGAUAGUGGUAGCAAGAUGUGGUUCAAAUGCUGGGAUAAAAUCUCAAGCUAUAACUUCAAGAUCCAACAUCACUACUACCAGUAUAUUGGUUCCAGGAGAGUUAGCAAAACUUGGUGGAAAAAGCUCUUGUUUUCAUGGGUAAUUGGUUGGACGUUAUCCUCUAUUUGGAUCUACUGUUAUAUGAGCUCUCAAGCUACCGAAAAGAUGAAGGAGACACUUGCUAGCAUGUGUGAUGAGAGAGCUAGGAUGUUGCAGGAUCAGUUUAAUGUAAGCAUGAACCAUAUCCAGGCUAUGUCCAUUUUGAUCUCAACUUUCCACCAUGGCAAAAACCCCUCUGCUAUAGAUCAGAGGACUUUUGCAAGGUACACCGAACGAACUGCUUUUGAGAGGCCCCUCACAAGUGGUGUUGCAUAUGCUGUAAGGGUGCUCCACUCUGAAAGGGAGCAAUUUGAGAAGCAACAGGGCUGGACUAUUAAGAGGAUGGAUACCCUUGAACAAAAUCCAGUUCAUAAGGAUGAUUAUAAUCCUGACUUCUUGGAACCAUCACCGAUUCAGGAAGAAUAUGCUCCUGUUAUCUUUGCACAAGAUAUCAUUUCACAUGUGGUUUCUAUUGAUGUGCUGUCAGGCAAGGAAGAUCGCGAGAAUGUAUUGCGUGCAAGAAAAUCAGGAAAAGGGGUGCUAACAGCUCCUUUUAGGUUACUCAAAACAAAUCGCCUUGGAGUUAUCUUGACAUUUGCUGUCUACAAGAGGGAUCUUCCCUCAAAUGCAACUCCUAAUGAGAGGAUUCAAGCAACUGAUGGGUAUCUUGGUGGAGUGUUUGAUAUUGAGUCACUCGUGGAGAAGUUGCUACAACAGCUUGCAAGUAAACAAACAAUCCUUGUCAAUGUGUUGGACACAACUAAUCAGUCUUAUCCUAUCAGUAUGUAUGGCUCAAAUGUAUCAGAUGAUGGAUUGGAGCAUGUCAGCCACCUUAAUUUUGGAGAUCCUUUCAGAAAACAUGAGAUGCGCUGCAGGUUUAAGCAAAAGCCACCAUGGCCAUGGUUAGCAAUAACCACUUCGAUUGGCAUCCUUGUGAUUGCAUUACUUGUUGGGCACAUAUUCCAUGCAACUGUUAAUCGAAUUGCCAAGGUGGAGGAUGAUUGCCAUAAGAUGAUGGAGCUCAAAAAACAGGCUGAGGCAGCUGAUGUUGCCAAAUCUCAGUUCCUUGCUACUGUUUCCCAUGAGAUCAGAACCCCGAUGAAUGGUGUUCUGGGAAUGUUGCAUAUGCUUAUGGACACGGAUUUAGAUGUUACACAACUAGAUUAUGUCAGAACUGCACAAGCUAGUGGAAGGGCUCUGGUUGCACUUAUAAAUGAGGUUUUGGAUCAGGCUAAGAUCGAAUCUGGUAAGCUAGAGCUUGAGGAAGUGCAGUUUGAUCUACGAGCAGUCUUGGAUGAUGUUUUGUCACUCUUUUCUGGGAAGUCUCAGGACAAAGGAGUAGAGUUGGCUGUUUACAUCUCUGAUCAAGUGCCUGAAAUGCUAAUUGGAGAUCCCGGGAGAUUUAGACAAAUCAUCACCAAUCUCAUGGGAAACUCAAUUAAAUUCACGGAGAAAGGGCACAUCCUUGUUACAGUUCAUCUUGUGGAGGAGGUGAUUGAUUCAAUAGAAGUUGAGACAGAAUCUUCAUCCAAGAACACUUUGAGUGGUUUUGCUGUCGCAGAUAGAUGUCAGAGCUGGAAAGGAUUUAGAACUUUCAGUCAAGAAGGGUCCUUGCAUCCUUUCUCUGACAGCAUUAAUCUUAUCGUAUCAGUUGAAGAUACAGGAGAAGGAAUCCCUCUAGAAGCUCAGUCUCGUGUUUUCACCCCUUUUAUGCAAGUGGGUCCUUCAAUUUCCCGAACGCAUGGAGGCACGGGCAUUGGACUAAGCAUAAGCAAGUGUUUGGUUGGUCUAAUGAAAGGAGAAAUUGGUUUUGUGAGCAUUCCUAAGAUUGGGUCCACCUUUACAUUUACUGCUGUUUUCACCAGUGGCUGCUCUAGUUCAAGGGAGUACAAGAGCCAGCAAAUCAACAACCAGUCUAACUCUUUUUCCUCAGAGUUUCAUGGGAUGAGAGCAAUAGUUAUGGAUCCUAGACCUGUCCGGGCCAAGGUGUCAAGAUAUCAUAUUCAACGACUGGGAAUUGAUGUUGAAGUAGUUUCUUACUGGAAACAGUGUUUAUCUAGCAUUAACAGGGGGAAUAAUGCUAUUGACAUGGUUCUAAUUGAACAGGAAGUGUGGGACAGGGAUCUGAACAGUUCAACUCUCUUCAUCAAUAACUUAGAGAAAAUAGAUCAUGGUACUCCUCCAAAGGUAUUCCUUUUGUCUAAUUCUAUCAACUCUUCCAGAGCAAAUACGACUACUUCUGGUGUCUGUAACUUGACCGUCAUCCCAAAGCCCUUGAGGGCUAGCAUGUUAGCAGCAUCUCUACAACGAGCCAUGGGUGUUGGGAACAAAGGGAAUCCCCGUAAUGGGGAGUUACCUAGCUUGUCGCCUCGGAAUAUUCUUCUUGGGAGAAAAAUUCUAAUUGUAGAUGACAACAAUGUGAACCUAAAAGUAGCCGCUGGUGCAUUGAAAAAAUAUGGAGCUGAUGUGGUUAGUGCCACAAGAGGAAUAGAGGCUGUUGAACUGCUUACACCACCUCACCAGUUUGAUGCCUGUUUCAUGGAUAUCCAAAUGCCAGAAAUGGAUGGGUUUGAAGCUACACAGAGAAUUCGGGAUAUGGAACGGAAUAUCAAUAAUCGUAUUCAAUUUGGAGACUUAUCAGUGGAAACUUAUAACAAUGUUUCAAACUGGCAUGUACGCAUAUUGGCUAUGACUGCAGAUGUUAUUCAGGCUACCCAUGAGGAAUGCCUAAGGUGUGGCAUGGAUGGAUAUGUGUCAAAACCAUUUGAAGCUGAGCAAUUAUACCGGGAAGUUUCACGAUUUUUCUAGUAGGUGUCAGAUCAGGAUCUGUUUGGGGGACUUCGGCUCGUGACAUGCCAAUUGCAUCAAUAGGACUGCCCGCACUCUGGCAUACUUUGGGAUAUUUUAAUAAAUUCUGAAUCUUCCCAACAGGAAAAUUUUGUUUUGUGGCAGAUGUAAUAUAGAAUCAUGCUUGAAUAUGGGAUUUGAGUUCUCUUUUAUUUUACAAUGCAGAUGCAAAGCGAUUUUUUUGCUUGUAAAUUUGGUCGCAAUUCCAAACCCUUUCAGCAGGUUGGUGAAUUGAGAUUUCUGUGCAGUUAAAAGCCCUUUGAUAUGAAGCAAAUGAAUAAUCAUCUGCUUCCAAAAGAAAUCGAAGAAUUUCUUGGGAAUCCUACAAGAUCCAUUCGUUCUUUUGUCUCUGAUAAAUGGUCAGAACUUCAUUUGCGUUCGAAUCCUAUUGAGAGGUCUACAUCGACGAAAUCCUAUUCCUUGAGUGUAAUAUAGAAACUGCAUCCUCCUUGCAUUAGUAAUAAAAACUCCCCAAUUCAAAGACAUACUGCUGUUUUUCUGAACAUGAUUUAGUGUCUCAUACUCACCAAUUCAGUUAAAAGAAUUGAAGGUUGCUUGCUUCUCGGCAACAGGGGGGGAGAUUGCACCUUGUACAUUAACCUUGUAAUAAAAAUAAUUGAUUUGUACUUC